UGAACAGAUAAAUCAAACAAAGGAUCACUGCGUUAUAAAAAGCUGAAAACGCAGUGAUAUUCACAGUGUUAUUAAAAAUCCAGCAGAGCCAACUUGACAGCAAUUCCCGCACACAAAAAUGGACGCGACUAUUGCCAUGAAUCAUUUGGUGGAAUCCGACAAGGAGAAGAGGCAAUUUAAGUUGAAAAUUACGGAGCUUGAGCACGAAAUGAAAAUGGAAAAGGAUCCAGCUCGCGCCAAGCUGAUCGAGGAGCAUAUUGAGAAAUUGAAGAAACUGGAUGAGGAGAACCAAAAGAGGAACUUGGAAAUUACCAAGGCCAAUGCGAUUCUACUUCGCUCGAAUAUGAACUUCAGAGUGGCGAGCCAUAUUAUUAACAACUUUUAAAUCAAAAUUGGUUUACUUUUAUCCUGGCAUCUGGAAUUGUAUACAUCCCUCUUAUCAAUCAAUAUGAACAAUAAAUAAAAUAAA